AUGAUGUGGUUGAAUGGGAAAUCAGCAGUACAAUUCUCUCACAAUCUGGGUUCGGACAGCACCUCGUUUUCUUCAGCUUUAACAGCAGAUGCAUACAAUGGUCAUCUUCCUCUCUUUAAAUUCAAAAAUCGUUGUGAAAUUCUGGAUUGGAGACGAAUUAGUGCCAUCGACAUAGAGAGAGUAGCCAAUGAACUGGAUUUUGUCAUUUUGCAGGAAAAUAUAAUGAAUAUUACCUUUUGCAACAUGGAUGCUGAAAAAUGCCCUUACUGUCAAAAUCCAUUGGAUCCUGCCCUGCUGAAAGCAUUCAAAUUAGCACAGCUCACCAUAGAAUAUCUUCUACAUUCUCAGGAUUAUCUUACACAUAAUUUGCAGAUGUGUGAAGAAAAAUUACAAGAAUCAGAAUUUGGAAAAGACCAAAUUAAACAGGAAUUUGGUAAAUUAGUUGAUGAGGUGAAAUCCCAGAAAAAGGAAAGUAAACGCAAAAAGCAGCUGAUUUCUACCCAACAAAUGAUGUUGCAGUCUGGUGCUAAUAAUUACUAUAAGUGCCAAUAUUGUGACAAAACUUUCAUCAACUGUUUUUUUAUGAAAAGUCACAUACUACGUCGACAUCCAGAUCAAGUUGAUGUUGAUCAACAGAAGAAGAAACAAUCUGAUAAAAUACAAGCUGAAAUAGAUCAAUUGAAAAAGCAGCUACAAGACACUCAGUCUCAACUGGAAAUUGCAAAGCAUUCUCAGGAACAUGAAACUAGAAUGAUGAAAGAAGAAAAAAUACAAAGCCUUGAAAGAUGGAAGGAGGAAGAAAAAGUUAAGUUGAACAGAGAGAUGGAGAAAAUGAAAGAAAUGUUUGUUGAGGUAUUUAAAGAAAUCACUGAAAAGAAUGCUGCAUUGGAGACAGAAGUUCAGCAGAUAAAAAGUACAAGCUUGCAAAUUAAAUCUCACCUUGGCACAUUAAUAAACGAACUUGAGAAUGAUACAAAGGCUGAAAGUCAACGAAACCAGCAAGAAGUGAAGAAUCUGAAGUUAUUUUUAGAAAAUCAGCUUCAGUCCGAAAUAGAAAGGUUGAUGUCAUCAAUUACGAAAAAUCAGAAAGCAAGCACUUGUUACUACAAGAAAAAGAUUAGAAAACUAGGGCAGAGUCUACAGGAUCAACAUCAAUUGAAAGCUCACCCAGAGGAGCAGCUGAAAGCAUGUCCUGUCAAGACACCAAAGAAGAUUAUAGAACCUCAAUCUAUUAAACAUCUAAGAGAAGUAUCAAUCUGCAAUGAAGAUCUUAGAAAAGUUAUGCAAAAAAAUCCAACAAUUUUGGAGGAAUUGCAUAAAAUAGUUGAGCAAAAUUUGGCUGAAAAGUUAAAAAACCUUGGGAUAACACCGGAUGUCCAAGGCGUUUCUGAAGGACAGUUUACAAGAAUUCUGGAUGCCAUUGAGUCUAACAGAAAAGAAAAAUCUAAAGUAUUUCCAGACUUUAACCUUUUCCGUGAAAGCUUGUUACGUAAGGUUGAGGAUAAGAUUAAAGGAAAAGAAAGCCUUUGUUACUUGAAAAGUAAAGUAAAAAAAAGCACAAGUACAAAAUUGAGCCAGAUUGUCAAUAAUUCACAACCUUCAUGCUCAAAGAUUUGCAAAAAUGUAAAAGUUCCUUCUCCAAACCUAUCAUCAUCAACACUUAGCACCUCAUCCAUCAGCAGUGAACUUGUAGGCAGCUUAAGUUCGUCAACUGAAAGCAGUGAAAAUGAGUUAUCUGAAACCUGUGAAUUGGAAGAAGUCUGUACCCUUAGCGAAGAGAAACCAUCAGAAAUCCCUGCCACUGGACCGAAGUUUACUGAGGGCUUGUCUGAAACCGUGGAAAAGGAACUCAGUCAGCGUGUGAAGGCCAGAGCUGCUAAGCUUCAAAGUCUCCAUAAGAAGAAUGUAGCUGGAGAACAGAAGGUAUUGAAGCCUAGUGAAUACAUAGCGAAUCCAUCUGCAGCUCUGUCUGUGGUCAGAAACAGCUUUAGCUGUUCACAAGUCCUGCAUGGAGGAUCAGCAGGAACACCAGAGAGGCCCCUGAUUUCCAGCAUACUGCAGGAGGAGCAUGGCAUACCAUAUGGUAAAGAUGAUGAUUCUGUAGAAGAUGAAAAGUGUCCAUUUGGGAAGACUGAAAAGGGGAAAAGGAGUUCUGCCGUUGCUAAAACUGGUGUUCCAAGAUCAAGCCUGAUAACUUUCCUCGCUGUCCACUACACCCCCAUUGUUGGUGUCAUCCAGAAAACUGCUGAUCCCGUUGACCACGUUAUCAUUCAGAUCAUUGAUAUAGAUGACAAAUAA